AAGGAGAGGGGGGAGAGAGAGAGAGGACGCUGGAGGAGAGGAGGGAGAAAGAGAGAAAGGGGGACAGAGAGGGGAGAGAGUCCAGGCCCAAAUAAAGCCAUGGGGGCCGGGGCUGGGCUGGGCCCCUCUUUGCUAUAAAUACGCUGGCCGUCUGGAGGUUCGGGUUUGGUGGCUGGGGCUUGGGACCGGCGACCACUACUGCUGCUGCAGCCUUCCUCAAGAGAGUCUCCUCCGUACACUCAUCAUCAUCCUCAUCAUCAACCUCCUCCUGGUCGGUGUUCUGGGCUGCCAAGAUGCCUCGCGUGGACUCAGACCUCAAGCUGGACUUUAAGGAUGUCCUCUUCAGACCCAAGAGGAGCAGCCUGAAGAGUCGCUCAGAGGUGGACCUUCAGAGGACCUUCACAUUCCGCAACUCCAAACAGACCUACACCGGCAUCCCCAUCAUCGCUGCCAACAUGGACACCACAGGGACGUUUGAGAUGGCACAGGUCCUCAGCAAACACACCCUCUUCACAGCCAUUCAUAAACACUACACUGUAGAGGAAUGGAAGAACUUUGCUGCUAAGCAUCCAGAAUGCGUAGAGCAUGUAGCCGCCAGCUCAGGCAUGGGUGUUGCCGAUCUGGAGAAGCUGUGUGCCAUUUUGGAAGCCGUCCCCGCCCUCAAGUACAUCUGUCUGGAUGUGGCCAACGGCUACUCCGAGUACUUUGUGGAGUUUGUCAAGACGGUCAGAGAAAAGUUUCCCAAGCACACCAUCAUGGCCGGUAACGUGGUCACAGGGGAGAUGGUGGAGGAGCUCAUCCUCUCCGGCGCUGACAUCAUCAAAGUGGGCAUCGGGCCAGGGUCUGUGUGCACGACAAGGAUCAAGACAGGAGUGGGCUACCCACAGCUCAGUGCUGUAAUAGAGUGUGCAGACUCAGCCCAUGGACUCAAAGGACACAUUAUCUCUGACGGUGGCUGCAGUUGCCCAGGAGAUGUAGCUAAGGCCUUUGGUGCAGGGGCUGACUUUGUAAUGAUGGGAGGAAUGCUCGCAGGCCACGACCAGUGCACUGGAGAGGUCAUCGAGAAGAACGGCAAGAAAUACAAACUCUUCUACGGCAUGAGCUCCGACACGGCCAUGAAGAAAUACGUGGGUGGAGUCGCUGAGUACAGGGCGUCUGAAGGAAGGACGGUGGAGGUUCCUUAUAGAGGAGACGUGGAGAACACCAUCCGUGACGUGCUGGGUGGCCUCCGCUCCACCUGCACCUAUGUGGGCGCCGCUAAGCUCAAAGAGCUGAGCAGGAGAACCACCUUCAUUCGCGUCACACAACAGUCCAGCCAAAUGUUCACUGCGUAGGGCGCUGCACACAUGUCCGCACACUUACACACAGGUUGCAUAAUAAUAUGCAUUGUGCAUGUAUUAUGCAGAGUUUAAACGUGCAAUAGUAGGACACACCAACACUUCUACAUCACCUGUUUCACUCAGGAUAUCUGCUGUUCAGAAAGCUUCCUGCAGGUUGUGAUUAAAAGAAACUCAAAAGUUUGACUUGAAUUCUUCUCUCACAGCACUCUAAUCAACUUAAUCCUACAGAGAGCGUGUUUACAUUCUUGCAGACACAACAAUAUGCUACUGAAUGUACCAGAUUUCAGAAUGUGAGCUGUGUGAAACACAUCGCAUGUAAACACACUCAGCAGGAGGAGGCUGAUACUCGUGCUAAGAUCAGUUGGGGAAGCUAUUCUGCUCAACUACACUGUAUGUUGGAAUGAAAAUCAAUAUGCAAGAACCAGAGAUGUCACCCCUUUAACUGUCACUGGAGAAAUCACGGCGCAAUAAACUGCAUGCAGGAACCCUCUGCUAACUUCCUCA